AUGAGAGCAACUUUAUUUUAGUAGUUAAGAAAAACCAGAGCUGAAUCCGCUAAGGUUGGAGUAAAUCGAAAUAAGUAAAUUCUUGAUACUUCUGAACUCGUGGGAAGAUAAAGCUUUUAUAGGAAAAGACGACUGGAUGACCCCAAUAAUUCGGUGCUUGACCAGACAAGUUCGUUUCGAUUCCCUGAGAAGGAGAAAUAUGAAUAGGAAUUAAAGUAUCUGAAGAACAAUUUACAUUCUCUGGAAAGUGAAAAUAUUAAACUCAAAACCAAAAUUCAUCAAUUAGAAGAUAAUCAAUUAAAAUAAGAGAAGAUGUUACAAGAAUUAGAUCGUGUAGGUCCUGCUAAAACCCAACUAUUAAGAACUUUAACUUAUGCAACGGCAUUAAAUGCAUUAAAAAAGGAAUUAAAUAACAUGAAAAUGUAAAUGUAAAAAAAAGAUCAGGAACUCGUAAACAUGAAGAAAAACUAAAGAUAUACUUAAAUGAAUGAAUUGUAAAUUGAAAGAACUGCUUUUCAAGAAGAGACGGUUAGAUUAAGAUAAUAAAUUGAAUAAUUAUUUUAAGCCAGUUUAUACAAUUUACAAUAGAAUAAUGUAGAAUAGGCAAUUCAAGAAAGGUUGUUUCAACUGAUUACUUAAUUGUAAGAACAUGUCAUCUAAAAAAGUGAAAUGCAAAAAGUAAUAGAAAGACUUAAAAAGGAAUGUUUGAAAUACAGAUCGUCAUAAAUUGAAUAGGAAUUCAGAAGCAAAAAGGAAAUCAAGAGACUGAUAGACCAAUUGAAAGAAGAAGCCUGUAAUUCAUAAAAAGAUAGCAACAAAGAAACUUCAUAAUAAACCAAACCAGAUGAGCUCUAAUUACUAACAGAUUUGAUGUUUGCAAAAUAAGAAGCCUAAGCCAAAUAAAAUGAAAUCGAUGGCUUAAAUCGGAUUAUUAUUGAUCUCGAAACUUAUAUUAAAGAUCUAAAUGCAAAACAGAAAUCAGAAACCUAAGAAAUCACGCCACAAUCUCAAAGAAUCGAAACAUCAACCAAAUCCAAAGUUAUUAAGAUCUAAAUCCCAGUAUUUGCAACUGAAAUUAUGCAAGAAGUUGCUUUGCCAAUAAAAAACUCGAUUGUAAUCUAGGAGUAGAUCUAACAGUAAGUUAAAUAACCUCCAAGAAGAAGGAUUGUACCAGUUAAAUUUGAUGAGAUCAAAAACAUAGGAGAAACAUUGAAGUAUAGAUUGAUGGCUAUGGAUGUAAAUAUUGCAUAGUUGGAUGAAUAUUUAUUUGAAGGAGACUCUAUGAGUUAUCGAGAACUAAAGGAGAAGUUAAGGCUUUACCCUUUUAAUUUAACAAGUGAAGAGUCUUUACUGGUUUCUCGUUACAUUAUGGAAAGCGAAAAUGACGUUUAUGAAUUGUUGGACACAGCCUCUAAUUUUAAUCCAUAUAUUCGCUCAGUUUUGAGAAGAAUAGUAUCGAACUACAAAUUGGAAAUAGUGAAAAAUCAAUUGUUUCAUUCUGAAAAACUAAAAGAUGUCUUGACUAGAUUUAAACCAUUCAUUUUAAGCAAUAUCAAACAACUUUAUGGUAAGGAUUGUAUAAGGGUGAAUAAAUAAUAAUUUAAUGAAGCUUUGAUGUCUUUAAACAUUGAAUUGAAUUCAUUUGAGUUGGAUUACUUAAUUGUUUAAGGAAUCUUGGAGAGUAAGGGAAUUGAAUCAUUAAAUUAUGAGGAGAUGCUAAAAUAUGAAAUGAAGGUGAUUCCAGACCAGUAACUCUCUUUUUUAUUGACUGAAAUAAACAAUUAAUAAAAUUAGAAAGCAGAGAUGUCAGUUAUUGAAGAAUGUCCAGAGAAACUUUCUGAAUAGGAUUAAUAGGAAUAGGUAGAUCGCAAAUAAGAGUAGAUGGUAAUGGAGUAAUAAAAGAAUGGAGGGGAACAAUAUGUCACUUUUGAUAAAUAUGUGAGUGAAUAAUUUGACUCGGAUAGCGAAGAAUCAAAAUAAGAAAUAUUGACAUCAGCUUUUAACUUGGAAUAGUGA